GGCUGCAAUUGUCACUAUUUGUUGUCCUGCAGCUGUCAUGUUCUAUCACUCUGUUAGAUGAUCCUGUCAGGUCUAUGUUCCUGCUUGAAGGUGGUUGGAUACUCAAAACAUUAUAUUAACUGCAGUGGACCAGAGACAGAGCUCAGAGAGGUAACAGGUCAAAUCACACAUCAGAGCUACUACUCAACUACUUGUCAGUACAUUUAGAAUCAUACAGUAGAUAUUAUCAUUACAAGUCAGUUAGAAAGGUAAUCAUACAGUUAGUUAAGAUGGAUGACUACGUCAACAAAGAGGUUGUUGAAAUUGAAAAGGUUAUUGAAGAAAACAAGAAUGGAGCAAUGAGGAGAGUGACGACUGAGACACAUCACUCAGGACCUGACGGUUCAGAGAGAAGACUCUACAGGAUGGUUGCUGUAAGCUUUGGGAUGCUGUGUGUUCUACAAGUCACUCUCAAUAUCUCCCUGCGACUAGUCUCAGACAGUCUGACUGAAGAGAGAGACCAGCUACCAACCAGUUACAACAACCUGACUGAAGAGAGAGACCAGCUACAGAGGGAGAAAGAUGAUUUCAUGGAAAAGUUCUCUAAUCUGAGCCGGAAAAGGUUUGAAUCCUGUUGGUACUUCGUCUCUACUGAGAAAAAAACCUGGAGUGAGAGCAGAAAGGACUGUCUGGAGAGAGGAGCAGACCUGGUGAUCAUAAACAGCAAGAAGAAAAUGAGGUUUCUCUAUGGCCUCAAAAAGAGAGUCUGGAUCGGUCUGACUGACAGAGAGACUGAGGGGUCCUGGAAAUGGGUAGACGGCACACCACUGAAGACAGGGUUCUGGGGGAGCAACCAGCCUAGUAGUGGUGGUGGUCAUUCAACCCAUCAGGAGAAGGACUGUGUUGAACUAGAUGAUGGACAACAUCAGCCUGAGAAGACAUGGAAUGAUUCAAAUUGUGAUAAUAAACUGGAGUGGAUUUGUGAGUUGUGUAACAAAAACCUUCUGUAACAACUACCCCCCCCUCUCUCUUCAUCUCUAUGACUCUCUCUCUCUGACUCUCCCUCUCUCAUUCUGUCUCCAUCCCUUCUCAUUUAUGUUUGUUUCAUUCUGAACAUAUGAAUCAAAUUCCCAUUUACUUCCUGGGAUACAUUAGUAGCUUCCUGUCUUCAGUAGUUAAAUGAUGGACACCUCAUCAGACACAGACAAUGAUUGAGACACAACAACACUAAAAGUAAGCAGCUGCAUUAGAACAGGUAGAAGGGAACAGUAUGAGGUUGUUAAGUCAGUACAGUCGACUCCAGAUGAGUGCACGUCAGUUAAGUGCGAGACCUGGGUUCAAAUACAACUUGAAAUCUUUCAAACGCUUUGAGCUUUUGCUUUAGCCUGUCUUCAGUGCCAGGUGGGUACUGGGGCUUUUCUGUUGCAACAGAAGUAUUUUAAAUGAUUUCAUAUAGAGAGGCAUUCUGGCAGUACUCAUUAGACACUGGAACCAGAGGGGCGAAAUCAUGAUUUUUCACUGUCCUCGUUUCUAUAAUGUUGUUGCCUUGAUUUUUUGGGUUUCAUCUCCAGAUUCACAGACACCCAAAUGUAAAUUUGGCCUAUUGAUUAACGAGACACACUAUUUAUCUUAUUAUUUUGUGCUAUAAUUUGCAGUUUAUCUUGGAAAAUAUUAUCAUUAUAAUUAUUUUACAUUGUUGUGUCUCAACGGGCCGUUAGCGAUAAAAUAGGAUCUAUGUGCAAUGGUCAGGUCACUCUGAGGAAGAUGUCAGCUUGAUGUUGAAAUGUCAGUCACCUGUUCGCAUCCUGUACAAUGUAUUAAAGUGAGCAAUAAGAAA